AUUUAACUUAUGUUAUUUUUGUGUCAAAAAGUGUAAAUAUCAGCAAUAUUUUUCACUGGAACGUAAAUCAUGGCGAAAGUAGUUGGUAACUGCUCACUGUUUUGAUUAAUUUUAUAAACUAUCGUUUGUAUUUUUUAAAACAAUUAAUAUCAAUAAACAGCCGAGUAAUUUCUAUGUUAAGUAGGCCUGAUUUGAUUUGCAUUAUUUGGAACGAUAGCGAUGUCACAGAUGAAAUUACUCGUCUGAUAACGAAGGACACGUGUUGUUAAAAACCGUAAACAACCGGAAAGGUUAAACGCAACAAAAAAGUAUCGCCUGCAUUCGAGGAUCAGCUCAUUUAAAAAAGACUUCUUUUUGAAAUUUACAGCGAUAGAAAGUUGAAUAAUUUUUUGAUAUGUAGUACUAAUUUCCAUGGCAAAAAAUAACAAAUAACUUUUUCUGUUUUUGUGUCAAAAAGUGUCAAUAUUAGCAUCAUUUUCACUGGAACGUGCUUUACGAAAUGUGAUUUGUUGUAAUAGCCACCAACACAGCCGAAAGGCAACGAUAGCCCUGUCCCUGGAAUAAAAAGAAGACCUACUAAUACACAGUCCCAAUUAGGGCUAACCGUUAUCAAAACACUUCGAUCUCGGCGAGAUUGUGACAUGACACCGAAAGCAGGUGCGUGCUUAAUUUUAACGCUAGUGCGCAAGCGUGGGCUGGUCGAGAGGGGCUCUCGAUGACUUCGCGGUUCGGUGAACAAACACAAAAGCGACGUGCUGUAGAAUCUUGACUGGGGCAGAGUUGCCAAUCCCCUCUAUAUACUGUCCCUGUUUAGAGUAAUCUAGAUUUUUAUAUGAUCAUUGGGGUGGCAUUUUUUUCGAAAAUCGAUCUAAACCCUCAAACGUGUAAACUUAUUCUAAACAUCUCAGUUUAGGUCCAAAUUAUCAGGUCCCUGUGGAUUGCACGGUGGCGCAGAAAUAUUCCACGAUACACGAAUGCACUCGGACCGUUCUGUAAGAAGAGCUAAAAAUGCACAGUUUCGGAUAAUAAAAAAACAUUGUAUAAGAAGCCCUUCUUUCAUCCGCCCACUGAAUUACGUAACGUAUCUUAAAAACUACAUGUGACUUGACAUCGUUUUAGAAAGAAAAAACCAAAACCGGCAAUAGGCCUAGUCAGCAUUUUAGUUUCGGUCAGGUACGUCUGGACCCCUCAAUCUACACGUGCCGAAUUUUCCUGAGGUCGACCACUAACAAUUAUUCAAUUAAUUUUUAACUCUCAAAAUUCAAAAUGGCCGACUGUCGGCCAUCUUUCAAAAUUCGACCCAUAAGGAACCUAGCUGUUGUAUGAUUCUGCGCCUAGCCGGAAUUGGCCGAGAAGUUGCGAUUGCGGAAUGGUGAUCAUAAAUGAUGGUCCGGGAAAUAGGAAAGACAUCCUAAAAAAAUAUGUGUAGACAAUGAUGAAACAAUAAGAGAAUAAGAGAAAUUGUAUUAAUUAGAAUUUAUGUGUAGGCUUGACAAACUUUUGGUAGCUACGCCACUGGUGGUACAUGUAUCUUAGCUCAUCCUAUAACGGCGAGACAAUACGUGAAAUCGCGUGUGAAAUCUUAUGCGCGUACGGGUUCGUAAUCGAUCACGCCGCUAAUUCUAAGCGUCACAAUGACAAUGAUCAAGGGGAAGAAUGGGACAGAGCAGACGAAUUUCCCUAGUGCGGACCAAGGAACUUUGGUCUGGAAAAGAUGUCCGGAAGAUUCCUCUUCAAUCAAGCAUAAUGGCUGUCUUUCCUUUUGUGUUGAACCUUUCCUUCUCUCUUGCGCGAAGGACAUGACUUAGUACAACCCAGCAGCAUCAUACAAUGGCACCUGUUGCCGCCAGUAACCCUGGAGGGUCGUGGGGUUAUGUGGUUGGUGUGGCUGCAUUUAUGAUCCAAUUUGUGACCUUUGGGAUUGCCGCUUCUAUUGGCGUGUACAACAUAGCCUUCCUUGAACACUUCCAGUCUUCUGUCGCUGCCACAUCCAUGAUUGGGGCUUUCAACAUUGGACUGCUGCUUGGAGGAGGGCCGUUAGCCAGUUUUCUGAUGAGGAAGAUGAGUUACAGGAAGGUGUCUUUCUUGGGAUCCCUCCUCAGCAGCAUUGGUCUCCUCUUCUGUCCAUUUGCACCUAACAUUAUCUAUCUAGAUGUAUUCUAUGGAGUGGUAACAGGGGUUGGUUUCUGUUUGGUGUAUGUGCCAUCACAUACACUAUCAGGACUGUACUUUGACAAGCACCGUAGCCUGGCUACAGGGAUUGUGACCAGUGGGUCGGGCCUGGGAGGAGUUGUCUUUCCCUAUGUCAGCCACUUCCUUAUCACUGAAUAUGGAUGGAAUGGGUCCCUAUUCAUCAUUGCUGCUGUCAACAUGAACAAUUUUGUAUUUUCAGCAUUACUCCUACCUGUUCCUGUCUCUAAAAAAACCAAAGAUACAGCACAAACAGAUGAAUUGGUAGUCAUGCUGACAGGUACAACUAAUGAAAGAACUGCACAAAUAUCAAAUCAAAAUGGAGACGCAGAGAACAAAUCCAUAUUUGAAACAGAAUCAGCUUCAAAUACCAAUGAAAAUUUGAGGACAAGCGCAGAACAAUAUCAAAGAGAAACAACUAAAACGAAUGUCUCAUUAAGUUGUAACUGUAUUACAGCAGAAAAAGAAAUGAAAAAUUGUUACGUUUUAUGUAACAUUAUAUUUUUGAUAUAUUGCAUCAACAAUAUUUUUUGGAACAUGGGUUUAUCAAUGGUAUUUGUGCUUGGCCCAGGAUACUUUACAGAAUUUGGACUUAGUAUUGAGGAAUCUACCAUUUGUCUCAUGUGUUUCAAUGCCACAAUCACAGUGGGUGGGAUUGUAGGAGGAGGUGUGGGUAAUCUCCAUUGUAUCAACAGAAUGGUCCUGUACAUAAUGGCCAACUUCAUCACUGGGGUCUUCAUACUGAUGCUUGCGAUGCCAUUUGUGCACACAUUCGGGGCAAUCUGUUUGGACAUGCUCGGCAUGGGUCUGGUGUUUGGAAUCAUCCUGGGACUGCUGGUCGUUGUCACAGUCGACAUAUUGGGAGUGCAGUCACUAGGUGAUGGCAUGGGCUAUCUCCUCCUGGCAAAUGGAAUUGGCAAUACUGUUGGACCACCCAUUGGAGGCUGGAUAAAAGAUCUGACCGGCUCAUGCAUGCUGGCAUUCUACCUGGCAGGGACCGUCACAGUGGUGGCUGGAGGUGUCAUGUUGAUUGCUCCUGUAUGGGAAUGCUUUUUGUCUAAAACCAAGCAUCAAGUAGAAGAGUCGAGAUCUGAAGGUCUGAUGGAAACUACAACAGUAGAUGUAGUGGUGUAAGGCAGGAAUGUCCUCAAACAUAUCACUUUACCCACACAUUUGUUUUAUGUGGUGACCUUAAUGCGUGUCAAAGAAACAAAAGUUAAUUAUUUUUUAUUACAGUAUGUAUUCCUAUACAGAAUCUUUUUUAACAUAAAACAUUCAUCUAAAUUUAUAUGUGCAAUUUGUAUGUUAUAGAACCAAUGAUGCUUUUAAAGUGAUUAUCUUGAAAACAAUCACAUAAAGUUUACAUAUAAAUAUAUUUAUUUAUAAACGUAUAACUGAUAGUUGAUGACAAAGCUGCCAGUGUUGUUAAUUUUAAUCACUGAACAGUAUUGUUUUGCCUGAAGUCAAUGUGUAUACUAAAAGCUGUACCAAUGACAGUCAAUGCUUUUGAAUAUUUAUUAUAUAUAUUUCAGUCUUGAUGCUUAAAUCAAAUGGAAAACUUAAGUCAUAUUACAAAUCUUUGCUGAAAGCAAUUUUCAAAUAAUCAAACAUUAUUAGUUUUUAAGACUAAUCUUGUGUAUAAGUGCAAUCAAAUGAAUCUUCUAUGUCCUAUAAAAUGUUUGCUGAAGUAAACUUUUUAAAAUAAAGAACCUUUGAUAUUAGAUCAGAGAAUCAAUCUUGUGUAUAGCUGCAAUCAAUCCAAUUCUAAGUCAUAUUAAUCAAUGUUUGCUGAAAGCAAUUUUGAUAACUAUAAACAUUAUUAGUUCACAGAUAAAUCUUGUAUAAAGCUGCACAAUCAAAAAAAUCUAAGUCAUAUUACCUAAUACGUGUAUUUGCUGAAAGCAGUUUUCAUAAAGUCAAACAUUUUUAGUUCACAGGCCGGCCCGGAUCAAGCAUGUGUACAGCUCCAAUCAAUGUAUCUCUUCGUUAAAUUCAAUGUUUGCUGAAAAACAAAAAUAUUUUUUCACAAGAUAAAUCUUGUGUAUAGCUGCAUAUAAAUGAAUCUGAUUCAAGUCCUGUUACAACUGUUUUCUGAAAGCAUGAUUAAUUUUGAGACUGGUCAGAUAAACAAAAUGGCUGACAGGCAGCAAUCUUGGAUUGUGACAUUAAAGGUUGUUAUCGCUAUUACUCAGGAAGUAUUUGAGGGACCUUUCACAAAUGUUAUAUGUAGCUUCCCCUUGGUCUGUGGUUGUGCAUGUUCAAUUUUGAGACUGAUCAGAUAAACAAAUGGCGGACAGGCAGCCAUCUUGGAUUUUGACAGUGAAGGUUUGUUAUCACUAUUUCUCAAUAAGUACUGGAGAGAUCUUUCUCAAAUUUUAUAUGUAGCCUCCCCUAGGUCCGUUGUUGUUCACGUUUUCUUUUGAGACUGAAUAGAAAAAUGAAAUGGCCGACAGGCACCCAUCUUGGAUGUUAACAGUGAAGGUUUGUUAUCGCUAUUUCUUUGGAAGCACUG